UUCAGAAAAAGGUUUGGGUGAUUGUAUCGUAUCAAAAUGCCCCGCAAGAAGAAGUCUAGGCUUCGUGUUGUAAGAAAAUAUACAUGGAAGAAGAAUCAGGAUAAGCCGAAGGACUGUCAAAAUAUCAAUGGCUCUUCAUGUUCAGAUGAAUCCGAUCAGUUCUUCUCAAACAUGUUCUCCAACAGUACCUGUACACCAGAUUCAAGCAUGCCGCAUCCAAAACAUGACGAGAACUUUGAAAUUGUUGAUAGUGAUGGUUAUCAUGCUGAUGAAUUUUAUGUUAUUUUGGACAAGCCGUAUAGAUAUUGUGCAGAGGAUGACCUAGAAGAAUUUGUUUCUAGUCAUAAAUGUAGAAUGUACAGUGCAUUCCGAGAGGAGUGUAAAAGUUCAAUUAUAGACUUACAAGAUUUUGUACCAGUGAAGUCAUCUAAAGAAAUUAAGUUUGUAAGGUUAUAUGACAGUGACAGUGCAUAUAGUUCACCCAGAGUUCAGAUGUGUUUAUGUGUUGAUAGUGAUUUCUGCAUAAGUAUAAGCGUUCAUGGGAGAAGCCUACCUGACACUCAUACUAUAUGGAAAGAUAUAGGCAGGACAUGUAACACACUUGCUAGUGUUCAAAAAGCUUUGUGUGAACUGAAUAAAUACAGUGUUUGUGAAGGUAAUCAGGACAAAGACUUACAGGAACUUAUACCAGUUGGUGCUUUCUUGGAUGUAUCAGAAGGUUAUCGGUAUCAAGGUUAUAGAGAGGCAUACUAUGUUGGAUCAACAAUACGCUCUACAAGUUGUUGUAUGCUCAUUAACCAGAUUAGUAAGAGAUGUCAGCAUUGCAAGGUGUAUCGGAGAACGCUCAAGAAGACACUGUACCGAAGACAAAGUUCUGAAAGGUUGGCCACCCCCGAAAAAGAUUGGACUAGGAGCCGUGUAUCAAACUUUAACUUGACUAACAGCCAGAAGGUCCAAAAAUUAAAGCAAAUGCGGACGUACACAGAUCAGUUGGAGAUAGAGGUUGCUAGAUUAACCGGAAAAGUGAACGGUCUAAUACAAAAGGAAGGUGUUGUUUUAAGUAAUACAGAAUCUGAGGAUUUGAUUAACAUUAUGGAAAUGUCUGACAAAGAUAUCAAGGAGAGCUAUCCGGAUGAAAAUUCUUAUCAAAGAAUAUUCUGGUCACAGCAGCAAAAAUAUUCAAAGCUAAAGAAUAAGAGAGGAAUGAAGUGGCAUCCUAUGAUAAUAAAGUGGUGUAUCUUUUUGAAAAGUAAGUCGUCAACAACAUAUGAUGCUCUUCGUCAAUCUGGAUUUAUUCAACUACCCUCCGAAAGAACAUUGUUCGAUUAUACAAGUUUGGUUAAGAAAGGUACUGGUUUUCAGCCAGACAUUGUCAAUAUAUUAAUGGAUGAGACUUCAAAAUUUGACGGUCACCAGAGAAUAGUUGGAAUGCUUCAGGAUGAAGUAAGAAUAAAGAGUGAUCUCGUCUAUAACAGACAUUCCGGUGAACUUGUUGGAUUUGUUGAUUUAGGAAAUGUGAGUAAUGAUCUGACGACUUUAAAUGAAAAUAACAGCACUGUAAAACCAUUAGCAAGAUAUGUUUUAGUUCUAAUGAUCAGGGGUGUUUCUAGUAACUUAAAGUUUCCCUUAGCCCAUUUUGCUACCAAUGGGGUUACCUCAGACCAACUUUUUUGUAUACUUUGGGAAGCAGUAGAAAUUCUAGAACUUGAUGUCGGACUAGAAGUUAUGUUUAUCACCAGUGAUGGAGCUUCGCCUAAUCGUAGGUUUAUACGCUUACAUAACGUUGGAGGAAAUGAAACUGUUUUUAAGGCCAGAAAUAUUUUCGCCCCAGAACCUAGAUAUAUAUAUUUUAUCAGUGACCCACCGCAUCUUCUGAAAACGGCGAGAAAUUGUUUUUCCAAUUCAUACUCACACAAUAAGACACGGAGGAUGUGGAUGGAUGGGUAUGACAUGUCUUGGCUACACAUUGUAGAUCUGUACAAUGAGCAUUGUUCAGGCAUUUACAGACUUUGUCCCAAACUGACCAAACAGCAUAUCGAUAUAACUGCUUUUGGGGCUAUGAAAGUGAGACUAGCAGCCCAAGUUCUCUCUUCAACUGUGGCUAAUGCGUUAGAAUUGAAUUACAAUAAUCGUGUCACAGAAACCGUAAAAUUUAUUCGACACAUGGAUAAAUUCUUCGAUUGUUUGAAUGUUCGAAACCUUGGAGAAGGUCGUAAAAAAAGGAAUGACAACAUCCUACCUUUCACAUCAGUUGAUGAUCCUCGUCUGGAAUACUUACAGACUGAAUUUUUAGGGUACUUUCAAUCCUGGAAGUUAAGUGUAAUGAACAGACCAGGUCAGUUCACUAAAUCUGAAAGGAACGGAAUGCUCCUUAGUUAUCAAACUAUGGAAGGGUUAGAGAUUACAGUAAACUCAGUAGUUAGCUGUAUUAAAGACUGUCUAAGAAAGGGAAUGGAGUUCGUCUUAACUGAGAAGUUCAAUCAGGACCCUAUUGAACAGCAUUUCGGGAUUCACCGCUCUAGUCAGGGCUGCAACACAAACCCAAACUUAAAUGAAUUCAAUAACGCUAUGGUUAAGAUACGAACAGUUGGAGGGCAGGCUAUUGCCCCAUUCACUGGAAAUACUAAAAGACACCUGAACUUCCCUGCAGUAGACACUGCUUCAUUACCAAAGAGAAAUAGAGUUAAUAGAUAUUAAAUUGUGUUUUGUAAAGUUAUCCUGAAAAUAAAUGCGCUAGCAUUUCUGCAUUGUGAAAUUUCAACUUUGAACAAUAGCAAGUUAGAAUAAUCAGAAAUAAUUUGUCAAGUUCAAUGGAUAAUUUUUUCACAAAUUCUUAUUUAUGCGCUGUGACUACAUGUAUUGAUGCAGCAGGGGAUAUAAUGGAAUCUUUAAGUCUGUUCAUGUGGAAUGUUUUUAUUUAUCUUGUUAUAUUAUUUAUCCCCCCACCAAAGGUGAAGGGGAUAUUAGAAAUGCUCUCCGUCCGUGCGUCCGUCCGUCUGUCCGUCCGUCCGUGCGUCCGCAACGAUAUUUGUCCGGAGCAUAACUCCAAAAGUACUUGAGGGAUUUUCUUCAAACUUCAUACACUAAUAGAACACAUUGGGAGGAAGUGCAGUGUGCAAGAACAAUAACUCUACCUUGCCUAUUUUUUGAGUUAUUCCCCUUUAUCUUAUUUUCUUAAAAAAAUUUGUCCGGAGCAUAACUCCAAAAGUACUGGAGGGAUUUUCUUCAAACUUCAUACACUGAUAGAACACAUUGGGAGGAAGUGCAGUGUGCAAGAACAAUAACUCUACCUUGCCUAUUUUUUGAGUUAUUUCCCUUUAUCAUAUUUUCUUAAAACAUUUUGUCCGGAGCAUAACCCCAAAAGUACUGGAGGGAUUUUCU